AGACAACGUGUUUUGCAUCUAGAGCUGCUGGUAGGGAAAGGGAUCCUGAAUUUAUUUCAGCCAAAGCUAUUUUUAGCUAGUUAGAGUUCAUUGUACACCACUUCAUAACACGCGUAUCGUUCACAGGAAAAACAUGGCAGAAACCGAUCCAAAGUCAGUUCAGGACCUUACUAAUGUGGUCCAGACGCUGCUGCAACAGAUGCAGGACAAGUUCCAGACCAUGUCUGACCAGAUCAUCGGGAGAAUCGAUGAGAUGAGCACCCGCAUUGAUGACCUGGAGAAGAACAUUGCCGACCUCAUGACCCAGGCGGGCGUGGAGGAGAUAGAAGGCGUCAAAGAACCACAGAUGAAAGAAGGGCAAGGGUCAUGAAGGUUGCCAAGUAACAAGAUGUCAAGGACUUUCUCCAGGAGUAGCAUACUUUUCCACUGUAACCAUUAAUUAUUUUGAUUUGGUGUGUUGUAAAGUUAUUUUUUAUAUUGACUAUUGCAAUAAAAGUAACAGUUCUUAUGUA